AUGGCGACUGGCGGGAAGAUUGAUAUUUCUCAACUUCGAAAUCUGAUCCGCCAUUAUCUUGACAACCAUCAAUAUAAAACAGCACUUUUCUGGGCUGAUAAAACUGUUUCCUUAUCUAAAGGAGAGGUGCAGGAUGUUUAUUGGUUCGCUCAGACUCUUUUCUUGACAGGACAGUUCCAACGGGCUUCUCAUGCCUUGAAGAGCAGAGGUCUUGUGCAAACCAACCUUGCUUGCCGUUAUCUUGCCGCCAAGUGCCACUCUGAGUGCAAACAGUGGCAGGAUGCUCUCGAUAUCCUUGAUGCCGAGCCUAAAGAUGCUGGAGAUAAGGAUUCUGCUUCAUUUAACGACAGUUUUUGCAGUAGUUCAAGUAAGUUAGAAAGUGUAGUGGCUUUGUUGAAGGGGACUGUCUAUGAAGCGAUGGAUAACAGGAGCCUUGCUACAGAAUGUUAUAAAGAGGCGUUAAGUAUCGAUGUUCAUUGUUACGAGGCCUUUGACUUGUUGAUAUCUCAUCAUAUGCUCACAGACAAAGAAGAAAGACACUUGUUAGACACUUUACCAUUUCAGGAUCAAUGCACUACUGAAGAGUCUGACCUUCUAAAAUUCUUGUAUGAAAGUAGACUACAGAAGUACACCAAACCUGAGGAUCCAAAACUACCUGCAACCUUGGACAGCCUUAACGACAACCUUGACAUAGUAGUCAACAUGGCCGAGAGACAUUUUUAUAACUGUAGCUAUUCCAUGUGUCAUAAGAUGACGAGUGCUGUCUUAAAUUCUGACCCAUAUCAUGAGUCCUGCUUACCAAUCCAUAUAUCUUGCCUGGUAGAGCUCAGAAAGGCUAACAGCCUUUUUUAUUUUGCUCACAAAUUAGUGGAUAACUACCCUCAAAAGGCAGUUUCCUGGUAUGCAGUUGGAUGCUACUAUUAUCUUAUCGAGAAGUAUGAGCAGGCGCGCAGGUAUUUUAGCAAGUCAACUGCUAUAGAACGUGUGUUUGGUCCUGCUUGGCUUGGGUUUGGCCACUCAUUUGCAGCUGAAGGAGAGCAUGAUCAAGCUAUGGCUGCUUAUUUUACAGCUUCCAAGCUGAUGCCAAAGUGUCAUCUGCCUCUUCUAUACAUAGGUCUAGAGUAUGGAAAGACAAAUAAUAUGAAACUGGCUGAAAGGUUUUUUACCCAAGCCCUUACCCUUUCACCAAAAGAUCCUUUUGUACUACAAGAAAUGGGAGUGAUAGAGUAUCAAAAUGGUGAUUAUCCACGAGCUGAAAAACACUUCAAGGAUGCUCUUGAGAAAGCACAGAACAUCAGUGGUGAAGUCCUCUCAGAAACAUGGGAGACACUGCUUAGCAAUCUAGGGCACACAUAUCGUAAGUUGGGAGAGUAUGAAAAGGCCAUGGAAUGUUACAGGCAAGCUCUGGUUCUGGUACCAAACAAAGCAUCUGCAUUCUCAGCUAUUGGUUUCGUACACAGCCUUAGAGGAAACCAUUAUGAAGCUAUAGAUUAUUUCCACAAAGCCCUUGGUAUCCAGAGAGAAGAUACAUUCAGCGUUCAUAUGCUUGGACAGACACUUGAACAGUUAACUUUUGAAACCCAACCAGAGAUAACUGCAACCGAGACCAGUGAAAUUAGCAUGGAAAUGGACAAGGGAUCUGAUGAGGAAGACGACUAGACAACUCUGUCAUGAAUGAAGAGAAUUAUUUUAUUUUCUUAACAAAAGCCAAGAGCAGUACUUAAACAGCAAUGUGAAAUGACAGUUUUUGGCGAUAUUUGAGUGAUAUACUGUAGUCAUUAUACUAACAAUGGUUCUAACAAAAUGAUGUGGCAUACCAAGCAGUUGCCAGAUUUAUGAACUGCUCUUUAAUGUGUUGCAUAAUUACCAACAAAGUGGGUGUAAAAAUUCGACUAUAGUAAACAAAAUCAUUACUGUA